AUGGAUCGGCCGAAGCCCAAAUUCUACUCGGCUCCCAUGGUGCGAUACUCGAAGUUGGCUUUCCGUCAAUUAGUCCGCCUCUAUAAUGUGGACUGCUGCUACACUCCAAUGAUCUAUGCGAAGAACUUUCUAGAAUCAGAGUACUGCCGCUCAAGCGAGUUCUCAACCUUACCAGAAGAUCGACCACUCAUUGUUCAAUUCGCUUCAGAUGACCCAUCAAUCUUUGCUAGUGCCGCCGAGCUAGUCUACAAGUAUUCCUCAGGAGUUGAUCUCAAUUGUGGCUGCCCCAAAGGCGAUGUCAGAGCCAAGGGGUUUGGGAGCCUUCUGUUGAAUAAACCGGAUCUUCUGGCAGAUAUUGUCAAGCAAUGUAGAGCACGAAUAUCGGACCCUGAUUUCACGAUCUCGCUGAAAAUACGGGUGCAGUAUCCCUUGGAUCGGACGGUAGAUUUGUGCAGGAAGGCUGAAAAGGCUGGUGUCUCCCAUCUGACUGUACACGGACGGACGCCUCUAAUGCGCUGUGAACCUGUAGAUUAUGAAGCGAUACGAAUCGUAAAGGAGUCCGUUGGCGUACCGAUCGUCGCCAAUGGGGAUAUCACCAAACUCGACCAAGCUAUUGAAAUAGCGGAGAAGACAGGAGUUGAUGGAGUUAUGGCAGCCAAUGGACUUCUCUAUAAUCCAGCCAUGUUUGCUGGUUUUGAAUACACACCCGCAAGCUGUGUACGCGACUUUUUACGUCUUUCUGCUGAUCACGGAUUGCAACUUCACCUAUUUCACCAACAUUUGAUCUAUAUGCUUCGUGAACUUCUCACUCCAGCUCAACGACGGGUCUUUCAUGAGCUGUCAAGUCGGCCAGCUAUUGAAGACUUUUUGGAUAAUGUUUUAAUGAUAAACGAGAUUGACUAUUUGUUGGUCUUGGAACUGUAUUCGGCUCUUGAAGCGGUUUACCGAUAA